AAGGAUUAGAAAUAAAAGGGUUGGGUGGCAGAGAGGACCUGGAGCUCUAACUCCGCCGUUGAUAAAGAUUCAUGAGGAAACAUUGCAUCUCCAUCACUUCAACUUGGGAACUACGUGUCAUUCGAAAGUUAUCCCCAACUCUACAGGUCCCUUAUUUCCUCUACAUGACAAUUACUAAAUCAUAAUAGAAAUCUGAAUCUGAACAAGAAUAGGACAAGACUAGGAUAUAUAUAAAGUGUUGAAAGAAACAUGAAGUGAUAAAAGAUUAAAAAAUAGAUUGGCAACAGGAUAGCAAUUGGAAGCAACACAAAUCAGAUAGAAAGUGGAUGCAUUUAACUUUACAUUCAAAUUUUUGAGAAUUGAUACGACGAGCCCAGAGAAUCCAUCAAGAGUUCAUCAAGGAGAUGAGAAUGAAAGAGGAGAACGAUAUAACAUAGGUUAACUGGAGAAAUAAGAUAGAAAUAGGAAAAGAGUUGUGAUCGAAUGAAGAAAGUGAACUGAGAAGAGAACAGGAAGUUUCAGAGAAGUCUGGGCAGGAGUCCCCAUGAAUAAUGCGAGAAAAGAGAACAACCAGCGGCAAAAUGAGUAGUUCCUUGUACGAAUGUCUGAGAAGAAGGAAAGAGUUCAAAAGAGAAAGGGAAGAUGCACCGUGUCUGGAGCGAGCUCAUACAAGGUAAUGAAUUUUAAAAAAUACGAUACCACACACAUGAAUGAUACUGCCUGUUUUUAUUGUUAUUAUAUUUCCCACUAGUAGUUUUACGGCUCCCUCUCCUUCUUUAUGGAAGUGAGACGGCCCCAAGUUCUAAGAUGCCUGUAAGUUUUAGGAUCCGAGUUGGAAAGAAUCGCUAAUGGAUUUGCCGGCGAAACUAGGCCGGGUAUGUGCGCAGAAUAAUUUCGAGGACUCUCUCCCAUUGUGGUUCUGAUACUGCACUGCAGAAAAUAUGGACAUAUGUGGCAAUAAAAGAAGAUUAACAGCCCGGGUUUGUCAGACAUGAGAAAUGUUGUGCUGUUUCUCCAGAUAAGUGGACAUCUGUAGAUUCGUGAAGGGAUGCUCAUGGAGACACUUUCCCCAAAUUGAGAACGAUAUGAUGACAAAAGUUUCAGUGAUGACAUUUCUAAAUUGAGAGUUAUUUUUGAUGACAAGAGAGAUUUGAAACAUGAUGGGCUCUCAAUGAUAAUCUACCCAAAACAUGAACUAUUGGUAUUUGGAAAAAUUAUCCAGUUUGUCUCCACAAAUAAUUGGGAGUGAUUUGAUGGCACUAACAGUCUUUAACAUGAUCAAUGAAGUUUGUAUUCAAAAAACCCAACAAUGAUCUUAUCAAUAUUGACACAGUGAAGUGCAUUCUUCAACUUCUCCUUAAAAUAUGAGUGUAAUAUAUGACAUAAAAUGGAGAGAUAUUGAGAUGAGAUACUCAGAGCAACAAAGUCCCAAAUUAUUGGCUUUGAGAAAAUAAUUCGAAUAAAGAACUAGAGAGAAAUAAUAAGGCCCUCCGUAAUGAAAGAACUUGGAAACUGGGUCAGUUUAUCAUGAUGAAUCAAUUUCAUUUAUAGGUUAUUAACAUAAUGAUAACAGUUUCAAUAGGCUUCCCUACAAGCAAUGAGGUCAAGAAAUUUGAGAGAUCUUUCCAGUUUUAAGAGAGGAGUAUCGAUUGAUAAUACAGAACAUAACACCAACUCCAUCAUCUCUGUAUCAAUGAACUAUUAUCCCAGUUGUUGAAGAUGUUUGAUAACUAUUGAUUGAUCAGUUGUUGAAAGGAACAAUAAUGAACACGAAAAAUAGUUCCCACUUGGAUCAUCGACAUAGUGGUAUCUAAGUGAAAUAUCUAUUGGAUUGUUUAUUAUAUAAUCUCGUUCGUGGAGGUAUUACAAAACUACAUACAGAGUAAUAAAUUAUGAGUAAUUCUUCGAUAUGUCACUAACAUCUAGUUCAAAUAUAUUGAAUUCGAAUUCAAAAUGGAAUGAGAGCUAUGAUAAUCCAUUCAAAUUUGUGCCAAAAACCAACUAUUGACAGACAUAAUGAUAAGACUGAAGUGUUUUAUUGAUAAUUGUUGAAGAGAUGUGUCAGAACUAUCACAAUACAUCUAUUCUGUGUUUUAUCGAUUGAUAUUGUGGAGAUUUAUCAGAACGGUCUCAAAACAUCAAUAUUAUAAUAGACUCACCAGAGUUAUGAAAAAUUAAAAUGAUGAUUAAGAAAACACUUGAUACGACAGAGAUCUGUGAAGAGUAUAGACCACUUUCCAAACGAAUCGAUUGGUGAUGAGAUAUGGAAGGUUGGCAAACAAAGAUUUGUGAAUUAUUUUUCUAGAGAUCAUUUUUUUGAGGGAGAGAUCUUUGAGAAAUGUAUUUGUAGAUCAUUUUCUUGAGGAAUCUAUCAGCGAUGGAAGGCUGGCAAUUGUUCCUGAUUAUACUAGUUGUGACAAUCACAACAACUGACUCUAGCAGCAGCACUCUGACGCGAAUAGUGCAGACGCGUUUCGGCCAAUUGCAGGGCAUCAUCAAGCCAAUGGGCAGUGGGCGUCACCUGCGACCAAUCGAGGUGUUUCUGGGCGUGCCCUAUGCGACCCCGCCCACCGGCGGAAACCGGUUCUCCCCCACCCGCACUCCUCUGCCUUGGAACGGCGUGCGAUUAGCGGACAAGAUGAGCCCUGUCUGUCCACAGCGGCUGCCCGACAUAGCCAAUGAGACGCUGGCGUUGGAAAGGAUGCCACGUGGUAGGCUGGAGUAUCUGCGCAGGCUCCUCCCACAUCUGCAGAACCAGAGUGAGGAUUGUCUCUACAUGAACAUCUACGCGCCUGCUCAAGGAGCAGUUACUGGAGCGAGAUAUCCAGUUCUCCUGUUUAUCCAUGGGGAGUCGUUUGAGUGGAAUGCUGGGAAUCCCUAUGAUGGCAGUGUGCUAGCCAGCUAUGCAGAUCUAGUUGUUGUCACUAUCAACUACAGACUUGGAAUCUUAGGAUUCCUGAACGCGAAUAUCGCUCCCCAAAUGAAGGCGAGGGUGGCCAACUACGGUCUGAUGGACCAGAUAGCGGCGCUGCACUGGAUCCAGCAGAACAUAGCACUGUUCCAUGGUGACCCAGGCAAUGUGACGUUGGUGGGUCACGGCACGGGUGCCGCUUGCAUCAACUUCCUCAUCAUAUCACCCACUGUCAUGCCUGGUCUGUUCCACCGAGCGAUCCUGUUGUCGGGAUCAGCUGUUUCCAGCUGGGCUCUGGUGGAGGAUCCGGUCAGCUUUGCGGUGCGCCUCGCCCGCCAAACCAAUUGCUCAAUACCCGACGAUCUCUACCGGGAUCAUGAGGAUAUCGUAGACUGUCUUAGGGAUGUUCCACUACAGGAACUGAUGAAAGCGGACGUGACCGCCCCGGCAUUCCUGAGCGCGUUCGGACCCAGUGUGGACGGGGUCGUGAUAAAGACCGACUUCCAGGAGGACGCGCUGUCUCACUUUGUGUCGGGCGCCCAGAAGAGGGGAAGCGAUCUCGUCAGUCGCUACGAUUUGCUGUUUGGGGUCGUGACCAGUGAGGCGCUCGGCAAGUUCUCCGCCAGCGAUAUACAGGCUGGUUUCGAGGGUGAACGCCGCGACAAGAUAAUCCGGACGUACGUGCGUAACGCAUACACCUAUCACCUGUCAGAGAUCUUCUUCACGGUGGUGAACGAGUACACAGACUGGGAGCGAACUGUGCUGCAUCCGAUCAACACACGCGACGCGACCGUCGCAGCGAUCAGUGACGCACAGUUUGUCGCUCCGGUCGUGCAGACGGGCGACCUGCUGAGCAAGCCGCCUGCCACUCAGGCCGCAAGCGACGGCGAACAUACCACCCAUCCGCGCGCUUUCUUCUAUGUGUUCGACUACCAGACUAAGGAUGGAGAUUAUCCGCAGAGAAUGGGUACAGUUCAUGGAGAGGAGUUACCCUACAUCUUCGGAGCUCCACUAAUAGACGGCUUCAGCCAUUUCCCGAAGAACUACACCAAGUCAGAGGUGGCGCUCUCCGAGGCUGUUAUACUGUAUAUUAGCAACUUCGCAAAGACUGGGAAUCCAAACGAUUUCCAAAACAAGGAAGCCGUUCUAGCAGGAUCAAAGGAGAGGAAUCGCUUCAGAAGUAUCGUCUGGGACGAGUAUGAUCCCGUUCAUCAGAAAUAUCUAGAAAUAGGCAUGAAACCACGCAUGAAGAACCAUUACCGCGCACACCAGCUAUCAGUCUGGCUACGACUCAUCCCAGAGCUCCACCGGGCCGGCAUGGAAGACGUUGUCGCACGACACAACCUGUUCCGCAACCACAACGACAACGACCUCUACGACGGAGUCGUACGACCCGACCCGCUCAGUCGCAGCGGUCCUGUGUCAGCAGCCGCAGCCGCAGGCGACUCCCGCCGCAGAGGAAACUCCGCGCAGAACGGCACAGUCGCGGAGAUCGUUCUACCAGUUACUACCAUGGAGACUAUGGUGACGACCUGUAUCAGUGUGACAGGUUCCAAUCAGGGAUAUGUGAAUCCUCAUGUUGCGAAUGCGUCUGAUACGUUGGCGAGUUUUGAGGCUGCAGGGUAUGCUGCGUAUUCUACAGCUCUCAGUGUGACCAUCGCGAUAGGAUGCUCGCUACUAGUCCUCAACAUACUGAUCUUCGCGGGGGUUUACUACCAACGCGACAAAACCCGGCUUGAAGUCAAAUCCAUGCAACAACAACAGCAACGAGACAUCAGUUUCGAGUCAACAACCUCCAAACACUUCCACCACGCGACCUCCGCUAGUGUAAUCGUUGAUGUUGAACAUGACACCUCCACUAUGAUCCUAACUGGAGGGGGAACUCUCCCCAGAUCCUCCUCCUCCCCCUCAUCACACUUGGCAACACUGCCUAGGAACCACGUGACACCGUCCAAACCAAUGCAGCAGCAGCAGUUGAGACCUGAUUUGGGGGCCGCGACUCUUCCACGGAACCUCGCCCUCCUGAACACGAUGGAUAUGCCUGGUGUGGGUGCACCCCCCAAUGGGUCAGCCACUCUGCAUAUGUCCCUCCCAAGGCCUCCUCCGCCUCCUAGGAGUAAAAGUCCUCCCGAAUCGCAACCCCUCCUCACGGGGCAUCAUCAUCUGCAGAACAACCCCACUUUACAACAGCAGCAUACUAAGUCCAACCUCAGGGUACCUCAGGCUGCCAUGAGUGAGAUGAGGGUUUGAUGGCCCUUGAAAAACCAUCAAAUCGUUUGUAAAUAUUUUGUGAUAUUUAGUGUGAAACUGUUAACUUUAACUGAACUGAAACUGAAACUGACAUUCAGUGUGAACUCAAUACAUUAGAAUAAGAUUUGGUUGUUGUGGUAUAUGGAUAACUACCACAAUACCACCCUCACAACUACACAGAAAGUGGACAAAAAAUGGUGGUUGGUGAAUUUUUAUCAACUCAUAGUGUGAGUUGAGAGUGGAGAGGUGAAUAUUAGAUUCUCUCAAUGAAUUCAGUGGAAAUAUGGAUCCAUAGACUGAUAAACGAUGUAUUUUAAAUAACUAUGUGAACUGUUUCCUCAAGUGGAUCAUCAAUACUCUUCGAUUUUAGUGUGUAUGUAAGAAUGGAGACAGAAAAGAAGAAUUCAGGAUGGAGAUAUAUUUGAAUUUCUAUCUUGUUUGUCUAAAUUUUAGAAACUAAUUCAAUUCAUAAUUAUUAUUAAACGUGAAUCUCAAUUGAAUGCUGUGAAACCAUGGAAUUUUCAUCUAACAGUUUACCCUGUUGUUGAUAUUUGCAGUAGCAGAAGUCUUCGGAGUGAUUUACAGCAUUUAAUUGGGAUUUCCGUUGAACUUGAAUAUUAUCUUGUAUUCACAGUGAAUGUUUGGGGGAGCAAAAGUAUCAGAAAUCUUGAAGCAAAAUGCAUUGUAACAUGGUAUUUAUUGGUUGUGUGGUUUAUCACUUUCAAAAAUUCUUCACUGUUACUGAAUGUUGAACUCUUGGAUUUUCACUGUGUAGCCAACAGAAAUUUUAUUACAAUUUUAUACGCGUGGAUAUUCCACAUUCAUGUUUCUAUUCCAUUGAGGAUAUAUUACAAGUGAAGAUGUUACUAGUCAUUGUGAUCAUUUCAAGUAAUCUGAAUGUUGAAUGUGGAAAUGAGCAAUUGAUGCUUUUUGAAUGAUGGUAUGAAGAUUCUGAAAAGUACGGUAGAUAUUGUAAAUGUUAAGUUUGGUUUUCUGAUCUUUUAUUAAUCCACUGAAUUGGUUGAGGUAUUGAUUGUUAACUCUAUUAUUUCUGAAUGCUGUUUUUGAUGUAUCUAUUAAUUUAUAUCAGAUGUGCAUAGAGAGUUGGUUUUUCGAGUUUGAAUUGGAAUAUUAUCAAAAUCCCAUGAAUCAUUGUAAUAUUGAAUUAAUUUAUUUCUAUUCUCUCUCACAAUGGAGCACAGAUCGGGAGAGAGAAACUGAGAAUACCUUGUACUAUUUCUCUCCCAAAUUUUGGUAACAUUGAAAGGUAACAUGAAUUCAACUAAUGGAUAAUACUCUAUCUUGAGUCACGAUGUUACACACAUUGCUAUAAUUCUUUAUCUAUCGAGAAAUCAUGAAGCCAAUUCAUGUGGAAUAUCGUGGAGGGAUCUGUUCUUGAAGAUUAUUAUUAUUCAAAACUUCAAAGCACUUGGUGAAAAAAAUAAUUGUUCAUCAACAUUCAGGGCCGUAUUUAAGAACUAUGAAACUGAGACGUUGGCUCUCAAUAUUCUCUAUUCAAAGUAUAAGUUUCUCAAGUUCCAGAGAACAUUAUUGAAGAAAUCACACCAUUCUCAAGCAACCAAUAAGAUAAAUCAAUGGAUUUCAGGUUGAAGAUUUCAGAUCACUCCCGUGUUAUCGGAUGGGCUCGUUAACCUGUCGGUUACGGCUGAAGUAAGGCCUAUUGACGGCUUAAAUGUUAUAUUCAGGCGAGGUGGAACCUUCCUGCAAGGGUCUCCCCACCAACAAAAGCCAUACGAAUUUACUUUUAAUGGAUAUCAGAAGCUGUUUUAACGAUUGCAAGUGAUUAAAAAAUGGAUUUCAGAAGCUUUUUUAACGAUAGCAAUUGAUUAAAAAAGGCGUGCUGGGUUCAGAAUUUUCUCAAGAACCGUUCAUGAAAAUGUUUCCCUCCGCACAGUGAUGAAGGCAGAAAUAUUUCGAAAAUGGAAAACUCAUUAAUAUUUCGCUCAUUGACAUGCCCACUGGAGUCAGUUUUGUAAUACGCGUAUAUUCUGGUAAAAGGAUCAAUGAGUAUGGAAAUAAUUUCAUUUUCUGUUUCCAAACUGCAAAAACCAUAUGAUGAGGUCCUCGUUACAAUGGCAGUGAGGAAAAAUUGGAAAACAACGUUGCCGAUCCUCGGUCUUAUCAAUGCCUUCUAUAGACUGUAGCUGAUACAGGUUUAUUGAUGUAAUAGCAACUGUUCGUUUAAAAUAAUCAAUUAUAUUUUAUUUAGCAAUAAAUUAAAAUUAUUUUUCAAUAAUUUCAUAAUCAAGAUAAAAUAUUCUGUUAAUUAAUUAUUGAUUCUACACUGUUGAAAGACAAUCUGGCUACAGAGCAAAGCGAGAAAGAGAUAGCGUUAUUAGCAUUGUUGAAUUAUAGACAAGGAUAGCAAUACCAUUGCUAAUCAAACUCUGCCAUUAUAACGUGGACCUCACUAUAGAAAUUUGAAAGUAUCAAUGUUAUUUAUGUAUUAUCAAAAUAAACAGUUCAUUUGUGUAAUAGGCCUAUCAUGAAUAUUGUCAUCGAGAUACAUGGAACGAGUAUGAGAUAUUCAAAUACCAGUAUUAUUUUGUGGGAGGACUUAUGAGAUUCCUAAGAUGGAAUGCAUUUAAUGGAAUACGAGAUAUUGUCGGAAUGUUGUAGUGUGAAUGAAAUUCCAAAAACACAUUUGUCAAAAAAUUACUGUCACUGAGAACUGAAGCUUCAAGAUCCCUUGAAGAUUUUCAUUUUUUAAUAUUGUUGAUUUUAUUUUUGAAGCCACUCAUUAGGAAUUCAUAUUCUUCACUUUACACGAUGCAUUGGAUCUAUUCCGUUCUAUUCUCAUUGGAGUAUUUCAAUUCUGAACGAAAGAUUUUUUUCUGCUGAUACUACAGAUUCAAGAGUGAUUCUUGAAUCUUGUCUGUGGUAAUACAUGAAGCCCAUAAUGCCUACAUAAAGUUCAUAGAUUAACUAUAAAUAACCAAAGACCUUGAAGAUAUAUAGACCCACAAUGCUUAUGCCUUCCCAAUGAUAGCUCUUACUUGAAAUUGAAGGCCGCCAUUGGGGUAUUUUAGCACGAGAUAUUAUAUAUUAUUUAUUUGUAAUACUAUAGAUCACAAAGGCAUUGGUGGCAUUGGUAUGUAAUAAUCUUAUGGGUUGCCCCCUCAAUGGCGGAUUUCAAUUCCAAGUACGACACUAGCGCUCCAUGUGAGGCUAUGCAUUUUUAAGGUCUUUGUAAAUAACAGACUGUCAUCUAUACCAAUCUAUAGCGAGGUUCACGUUAUAAUGGCACUGUUUGAUUAGCAAUGGCAUUGCUAUCCUUGUUUAUAAUUCAACAAAGAGGAUAGCGCUGUCUCUUUCUGGCUUUGCUCUGUUGCCAGAUCGUCUUUCAACGAUGUAGAAUUGAUAAUCAAUUAACAAAAUAUUCAAUCUUCAUUAUGAAAAUUCAUUAUGAAAUCAUUGAAAAAUAUUAUUUCUUGCUUAAUAAAAUAUAAUAUUGAUUAUUAUAAACGAGAAUGAACAGUUGAUAUCACAUCACUAAGAGCUUGUUCACAUGGCAGCGACUUACGCUCGGUUGUCGCGCGGUUGGCAAAUCGCUCGAUUUGCCAGUCUCGUACACAUGACAGCGAUUCAUGAGCGAUUUGCCCGCGGUUGAGUCUGAGAUUACAACCGCCGCAAUUUGCCGGCGACUACUAAAAGCGAGCGAUCGCGCGACAACCGAGCGUAGAUCGCUGUCAUGUGAACAGGCUCUAAAUCUGUAUCAGCUACCGUCUAUAGAAGACAUUGACAAGACAGAGGAUCGGCAACGUUGUUUUCCUAUCUUUCUCCACUGUCAUUAUACGCGUAACGAUGACCUCACUAAGUAAUAUCUUGAAAAAUAUCUCGUUUUAUUAUACUGAAGCACAUUACUUUUUUGUCAGACUAUCAAAACUCUUCCCAUGUUUCUGAUAAACUUGUUAAACUUAUUAUAUUAUUACUGAAAAAUUUGAUUCAGUACUAAAUCAAUAACAUAAAAUCGACGUAGAAGAUGUCUUUGACUGGAUUAAUAACAAUAAAUCGAUGUACCGGUAAGCGAUGUUUUUGACUGAAUUAGUAGUCUAAGCCUCUGAAACGAAGGAGCUGUGUGAUUGGUCGACGGCUUUAUCAGUCGCCAUUUUACCUUCACAGCUCUCCACCAAUAGAAAGAAAGCAGCAUGAGAAUAUCACGUGAAAGUCAUUGUCCAAUAGUAGGCCUACUGCUCGUUCAAUUUAUGGCGUGUCCUUCAUUAGCAAAGCCACUAUAAUAUUUUAUGGUUUCUGGAGUUAUUUAUACCAUAGACAUAGAGAAACAAUAGCGUAAGUAGAUAUCCCAUGGUAUAGCUAGGGCGUUUAUGUCACAACUUUUACUGUUAUCUCAAGCCGAUUACUGUCGAUUAACGUCGAUUUUUACUGUUUUGACCGGGUAAGAGUGUAUGAACGGCAUAAUAUGAGAGACUACCAGCGUCAUACAGCUCCACGGGAAAGAACUACGUGGACUAUCGGCUUGAAAUAACAGUAAAAGUUGCGACAUAAACGCCCUAUACCAUGGGAUAUAAUAUUCUAUUUAUGCUAUUGUAUAAUAUCUAUUGUAUUAUAUCUUCCUCCGCCAGAAUUAUUAUUUCCCCUUGAAUUGUCAAUGUGAACAAAAUCAGAUUAGUCCAUUGCAAUUCUUUCAAGAAAUAUACCUUCUAGGAAAUUGCAAUAGGCUAAUCAUAAAAUUGCAUCGUGAUAUGAAUAAAAAUAAAAAAUUCAAUGGAUUGAAUGGCAUUAUAGCCGAAAUAUGUCGUGAUUGAACAUUUUUGUAUUCCCAAUUGUACUUGAAUUCCCAAUUUUUAUUUAUAUUUAAAAGUAGCCCUGAAGAAAAAAAUACUAUUUGAUGAUGCAUCGUGAUAUUAUGGUGUUCACGCAAUGACCAUAAUACUAUGGUUUUUCAAAAUUUUUUUCAAUAGUAACUCUGAUUGGAGACGUGGCAGAUGAAAUAGUGGAACGACCAGAGCGCCAAAUGACUAAAUCGGGCCCUGAGAAUAAGAUUGGAUUUGAAUAGGGAGGUUUCACGGGAUGGAACGUGAAAGAUCCGAUAUUUCAUUUAUGUUUCUCUGUUUGUAAUAGUUUCAAAAUUGAAUAGAAGUAAUUUUAUAGAAAACAAUUAUCUCUGACUAUGGAACGAACAGGUUAACAUUUUUGACUGUAAUUAAACUUUCAUCAAAUAUUUUACUUGUACAGUGUAAUAUAAUGUAUCAAUGGAAUUUGAAGUAAGGUGAAACAUUAUUCCUCAAUCAUCGAUCAUGAUCAUCUUCCUUUAAUAUUAUUAUACUGAUGAUAAAAUGAUUAAAUUCGAAAACAGAAUUGUGGAAAUCUUGAUGAUCAAGAAACUAUUAUCAUUCAUACUUUGUAAAAUAAACACUUCUUUCAAAAGUUACCAUACGAAUCCUAGUUUGAAGUUCUAGUUCUAAAGUAUAACAUUCGUAUUCUAAAAUAUCGAAAAUGUAAAAUAAAGUUAUUAUCGGUAGUAGAUUUUUAUCAAAUUUGUUGAUUGACUGGACCUGUUAUGAAUGUUGUAUGUUCAAGAAUGACUAAUCACGAAAUUUAACCACCUAUCAUCAUAAAAAUUCCUUGUUAAAUAGUUCUAAACAAAAAUAUUAUUCAAGAUUUAAGAUACCCUGUUGAUUUUUCUGAAUGAUAUCGAAUGUGUAAAGUUAGGUUUAUCAAUUUAUGAAUCGAAUGUAUUGCAAAUACGUGAGGAAUAUACUUAUAAUAAAAUCUGGUUUUCAAAUA